AUGGAAGAUUCUACUCUAAAUGAUAGCAGUUCAAAUCCUCAGAGGUUCUUUCGAAAGUAGAAGCAGUUUAGAACUUCUUCUAUAUAUUUUACAAAUGGGUAGAAAAGUUAUCGAUCAGCCUAGAGUAUAUCAAAUAGAAUUAAAAAUUAGUCAAAUUAUUUGGGGUCAACAGUGGCUUUAACUAACUCACUGAAAAAAGCAGAGAACUCUAAAGGACAUUUAAUGUUUUAAAAACGAAAACAUCAAUCAUAAAAGAAGAGUAGAAAUGAUUAGUCUUUCGAUAUUGUAAUAGAGAAUGAGAAUCUUAGUAAUGAGAGAGAAAGAAAAGGAACUGGGAGAGAAAGAGAGCAAGAAAAAAAGAUUAGGCAUAUAGCCACUUCAUCACUCCUUAAUUAUAACAGAAGUAUCGUUUAAUCCCAGUAAACAAGCACUACGAAAGCUAGCAAUAAAGAUCGAAGAAAAUUAGUGAGAACAAUAGUAAACGAACAGCACUAACCUAUUAUUGGUCGUAGACAAAAUGGGUAGCUCAGUAAUUAAUCUUCUAUUUUCAAUAGAACUCAAAAUAUAAAUACUGAUUCAAUGCAAUAAUAGAGCAAAUUCACUGAUAUGGUCCAUCAACUAGCGAGUUAAUCUUUAAAUACACAAGCAAUGCUCAAUCAGUUAAAAUCUUAAAAAAUACUUUAAAAUGAAGUGAUUUCAGAUUUGCAUGAUGAAGUGCUUAUCAAAGAAGAUAAUCUCUCUAAGUCAAAAAUAAAUGCUGCUAAUCUUAUAUCAGAGGAUAAAAAGUAGCUCUAUGAAAAGUAUAUUCAGAAAUUCCAAUAGUAUCAAAUGGAAAUUGAAAACAUCAAGUUUGAAGGUGAUCUAAAGGUUCAAUAGUUAGAAAACAAACUCAGAGAAAAGCAAGGCAUCAACUCUGUCAAUAAAAGUGUCCUGGACUAAAAAAUAUUCUAAAGAGAGUAACUUGAAAAACAAUUAGCACUUAUCAAAUAGUAGAGUGUUGACUUUAAUGAGAAGCACGUCUUGAUGAAGAAGUAAAAUACAGAUUAUCUGGAUAAGAUGAUAAGAUAAGGUUGUAAUGUGGAGUAAAACUCAGAAUAUAUAGCUCAAGAGUAGAUCAUCAAAUUUCAUAAAGCUGAUAACGCAAAGAUAGAGAAGUAGAUUAAUCAGAUCAAGGUGUCAAUGAAGAAAACUUCUGAUUAAAAUGUUAAGAGUAAGGAGUAUAGAUCGAGGCUAGUUUAACUUAUGGACUAAGUACUUAACCUCAGGAUACAAAAGAGGAAUGAUAGUCAGGUUGAUAAAGAAGUAUAGUUUAGAGAUGUCGCUAAGAAAAUGAUGGCAGAUGCUAAAUAGCUGUUUGCAUUGAACGAAGCUAAAGUCAGAAUGAAAUUCAAAAAUAAAGAGGCUUGA